AUGUCUGCCCCUUCACAUUCUUCUGUUAUGUUCCUUUCGUCUUCCGGUAAAUACUUAUUUGUAUUGUCAUUGUACUCUGAAUUUCAAUAUGGUUCUCUGGUGAAGCUAUUCUUGAUGGUUCAACUUGAGGUUUGGAGAUACAAAACUUCCUCUUUUGGUCUACUUACAUGGUGGAGGUGUUUGAUCAAAUCUGCCUUCUCUCCUACAUACCACGCGCACCUUAAUGUAGUAGGUGCAGAAGCUGGUGGUGUAGCAGUUUCAAUUAACUAUCGGCUCGCCGCUGAGCAUCAUUUGCCUAUUGCUUAUGAAGAUUCUCAGAUUGCAGUCAAAUGGGUUGCCCCUCAUUCAAAUGGCGAGGGUUCUGAGGUAUGGCUUAGGGAUUAUGCUGGCUUUGAUAGGGUGUUUUUUGGUGGGGAUGCUGGUGGCAAUUUAGCACAUAAUAUGGCAUCAAGGGUUUGGCGAGAGAUACUAGACGACUUCAAUCUUGAUGUGAUUUUUCUCAAUUAUCCUUAUUUUUGCGGGAAAGAUCUAAUCAGUAGUGAGUUAACGAAAUUACAGGCGAAGGCCUAUGUUAAGGGCAUUUGGCAUUAUGUUCACCCAAAAUCUAAGGGGGUUGAUGAUCCAUUGUUGAAUCUUCUUAUGGAACCAAACCUUUCGAGGCUAGGCUUUGUCGUUGCUAAAAAAGUUGGCUGCUUUCAUCAACAAGAAUGUUGUGUAGAUGCAUCUUUAAGUGGAUAA